AUUUUCUGAGAGGCGUUGCCGCAUUAGAAGCGAGUAGACUUUUAACCUCCGCAGCCAAGCAAUAGUUCAUACAAACGCAUUUGCAGCCGUCUACAGUGAACUUCUUCUCAAUUUAGCCUGAACCUUUCAUUAUGGCCAACUACAUUCAUGUACCCGAAGAGGCGCCCGCUGUACCCAAAAUAGAUGUCACAUUAGACGAGAACGAUUACAGAUCUGGUGCGUUGAGACUGAUCAAGGAACUGAGACCGUUCUGGAAACCAUCCGAGGUCAAAAUGAAGUUCUUCACAGAUGGAAUCACCAAUAAGUUGCUGGGCUGCUACGUGGGCGGGGUCAUGCAGGACGUGGUCCUGGUGCGUAUCUAUGGCAACAAGACAGAGCUGUUUGUGGACCGGGAGAACGAGGUGAAGAGUUUCCGGACGCUCCACGCACACCGCUGCGCCCCGCGUCUCUACUGUACCUUCAACAACGGCCUCUGCUAUGAGUUCCUACAGGGCCAGGCACUGGAACCAGAACACAUCCGGAGCCUGCCCACGUCCAGGCUCAUCGCGAGGCAGCUGGCUAAGUACCAUGCCAUCCAUGCUCACAACGGAUGGGUGCCCCAGUCAGACCUGUGGCUGACAAUGGGCAAGUACUUCGCCCUGGUGCCCAAGUUCUUCCAAGACCCAGAGAUGAACAUAAGGUUAAACAGUGAGGUGCCUAGUCGAAGGCGACUGAGGGAAGAGAUGGUGUGGACGCAGCAGAGUCUGUCUGUGCUGGGCUCUCCUGUAGUCCUCUGCCACAACGACCUGCUGUGUAAGAACAUAAUCUAUAAUCAGCAAGGAGAAAAUGUCAAGUUCAUUGACUACGAAUACGCUGGGUACAAUUACCAAGCCUAUGACAUUGGGAACCACUUCAAUGAGUUUGCAGGUCUGAAUGAGGUGGACUACAGCCACUACCCAGAGCGGAGUUUGCAGCUGCAGUGGCUGCGCUCCUACUUGGAGGCCUAUAAGGAACACAAAGGUCAAGGGUCAGAGGUCACUGAGACAGAGGUGGAGGUGCUCUACGUACAGGUCAACCGCUUCUCCCUGGCAUCUCAUUUCUUCUGGGGCCUAUGGGCUCUGAUUCAGGCAGAGUUCUCCACCAUUGACUUUGACUUCCUGGGAUACGCAGUCCUUCGCUUCAGCCAGUAUUUCAAGAUGAAGCCAGAAGUUGCAGCGCUGAACUUUCCAGAAUAAAAGUCCUUCUCCCUAUCUGGUCCUCAUGUCCACCGUAGAGUGCCCUCUAGGGGGUGUCGGAAAGAAGACCCGGAGAGAGCCUAGUCCACACUUCCUGUGGAUUUCAUUCGGCACUCACUAGAGACUCAUAGAACCCGACGGGAACUUUUAGAACCCGACGGGAACUUUUAGAACCCGACGGGAACUUUUAGAACCCGACGGGAACUUUUAGAACCCGACAGGGAACUUUUAGAACCCGACGGGAACUUUUAGAACCCGACGGGAAAACUUUUAGAACCCGACGGGAACUUUUAGAACCCGACGGGAACUUUUAGAACCCGACGGGAACUUUUAGAACCCGACGGGAACUUUUAGAACCCGAUGGGAACUUUUAGAACCCGAUGGGAACUUUUAGAACCCUAUGGGAACUUUUAGAACCCUAUGGGAACUUGUAGAACUAUAUUAGAACUCCUAGAACCCCAUGGGAACUUAUAGAACUAUAUGAGAUCUCAUAGAACCCUAUGGAAACUCACAGAACCCUAUGGGAGCUUAUAGAACUCAUAGAACCCUGUGAGAACUUAUAGAACCCUAUGGGAACUUAUAGAACUAUAUGAGAACUCAUAGAACCCUUUGAGAACUCAUAGCUGUUAGAAACCAUGACUCAGCAUCCAUUGACACUCCACAGGGCCAAUUCCAUAGCAUCACUGCUACAGACAGAUCCCUACCUAGCUCGCUAUAGAAGCCUAGAACCAUACACUUCUUCAUAAAGACUAAAGUCUUUAAUUAAGACCCAGUCCUCCAAAAUGUCUAAAUAUGCAAGGGGAAAAAGAGCACUAUCAUGKUUUUUUUGUUUUGUUAAGAACAGCCAAAUGAAAACUGUCACGUAAAAUAUGGCUAAUUCAGUGUGACAUUCCAGUAGCAUCUCUCACCCCAGUCUGUGCCCGCCCACAGGGGUAACUCACAACAGGGGAGACCUGGACCAACUYUGUAACUUGUCUCCUGUGUUGUGCUGCUGACUGACUGGGAAUAUUAGUGUGCGUGGGCUCACUCCGAGCCAUUCCUAUUGGAUAUAUACAUCUCUUGUCUGGGCUAACUGGUCCACUGAUUAUUUAGUCACCAGUAUAUCUGUUGGUUUAAUGGUAGGCUAUAUAGUAAGUUACCAAUAUGUGUUGGUGCACUUGGUAUAGUCACCAAUAUAUAUUUGUUGGUUAAAUGGUUAGAUUCACUUACGUACUGUCUCCUAGGUAACAAACAGGAGGGCAUCCAUCUUGUUUACAUUCUGUUCCCCUGACUGAAACGACGUCCACUUCCCUACCGUAACUAGGCUGUAGUUUGAUUCAUGGGAAAUGUGUCGUCAUGAUGACGGCCAGGAGUAUUUCCCGACCAUUUCCUGGGGAAACUCUGACCAGGAGAAACUCUGGGCCUUCUGGUCUGGAAACCCUCCAAGCCCUAGUCAUGACUGUUAUGUUCACUGUAUUAAGUCGUUUAGAUUCACUUUUUGUUUUAUCAUGUAACCUCAUGGGGCAGUUGCAUUUGACUCGACUCAGCCUAAUCCUGGACUGAAAGGCACUUUCAAUGGAGAGUUGAUGUUCAAUGGCGUCACCAUUGGAAGUGAUUUUUAGUCAAGGAGUAUAGGCUUAAGCUGGUAUAUUGUUGCCUGGCUACCCAUCCACAUCACUCCGGCCAACUGAAGUUUCUUCUCCAUGAUGAGUCUGGAUUUGCCUCCCUCCCUGAUGAUUUCUAGAAUGUGGACACAUUCUGACCGUUCUGAUUGGUCCCAGAAACUGAUGGGUUGGGCCAGAUCCGGGCCUUCAUGGAUGACGUUAUCAACUUUGAUACUCUGGUUAGAUUUUGUUAGACCAUCCAAUCGCUGUUGAAUUUGUUUUGUACAAUGCCCCUCAUUUUGAAGUCACACAGACAACUUCUAGGAUGGCAGUUUCAGACAAUGUAUGUAGGGAUCGAUAGAGCAGCGAAAUUCAAUUCAGGGUGAGUUGUCUGACAAGGUUUAGUGCAAUUAUCUGUGAGACAACUGAGGUAAGACCUAUGAUUGGAGGACCAAUGGCUUUGGUAGGGAGUGUCUUUGAAAUAUGUAUCUUUGACUGAAAGAUUCUCUAACGGUAUAGUACUUCAUGUCUUCAUCUGUUUAUAAUGUAUGCGCUGCUUGGUUCUAGAAGUUCUUUACGACAAAAAGUUCAUCUACUAGGUCAAAACCAACCUACACCAAAGUGCUGAUCUUUUUUGCUUGUACAUAAUUGCACAUUGUAUUUUUCCAUUUAGAAAUAAUAAUAUUGAUAAUGUACAAUAUUUACUUUUUAAAGUGCAGUUUUAUACCUAUUUAAGUGAGCAUCUGUUUUCUGACUGGGAGGUCUUGGAGUGUGUUAAAACAGAUUCAAUGUUAGUCAGGGCAGGUCUAUGUUGUUACUGCAUAGAUGCCUGGAUGAAGAGACCUCUUGAUAGGCUGCUGAAAUAGCACCCUAUACCCUACAUAGUGCACUACUUUUGACAUGGGGCGCUGGUCACCAGGGGUGCAGUGUAUAGGGAAUAGGGGGCUAUUUCGGAUGAAGACAGACUGUAUUUUUCAUUCAUACUCAACACUUCCAUGCCAACGGUAUCAGUCUGCAGACUUGCAGCCGUGGUCCUAUGGGGUGCUAGCACCUGUGAGAACCGCAUUUCAAGGCACCUUUCAGGAAGUGGCUGCGAGUCUCCAGACCGAUGCCGCUCCCUAUACCCUACGCUCCUGACCUGUGCAGCCCUCUACAUGUUAAGUGAACCCCGUCUACUAUAGCGACGAAACCAACUGGGAAGUCAGCCAGGCAUUACAGUAUAUGCCUGUCUUAACUUUGUGUUCGCUUUUGAUUUGAGCCUGCCUUUUAUUUUGAUGUGGCUUUGUUUUAAUGAUAAUCAACAUGUCUGUUUUCUGGGUCUGUGACUGCAGUGUCUGAGAUGUUCGGUCUAUGUUCCUUCACUGGGAAAUGGGAGGACGGGUCAUAAAUGGGUGGUUGCCGAUCAGAUCCUAACUUGAGAGAUGUUGCGCGUUAAGUUGCUCAACUUUUGUGAAAGUUCUCUACUGACAUCUGAGCAUGGAUUUCUGACCAGGUUUAAUUUACACUUGACUCAAGUUAGGGUUGCGUUUGUGUGUUGUCCUUGUUUGCAGACCGUGCCAUGUUUUUAAUCACACAGGGUGCACAAAUAGUGCUGAAAUAUACUGUCAAAUUGUACAGCUGUAGCCUACACACGUGCGCUAUAAUGUUAAAAAGGAAUCAUAAAAACACUUCGUAACGCAAGUCUGUUUCCCUGUUGAGUUUCAUUUUGAAAUGAACAAGACCACUGUUAAUUUUUUUUKUUUGUUUUUAAACGUUUGUAAAAAAGCAACAUAAUACUUUCAGCUUACUCAAUACUGGUCUGCUUCUUUAAAACUUGUAUAAAUGCUCUAUUCUUAUUUCUUCUCUGGCAUUUGUAGCAUAUGUGUAUAUGUACAUUUCAAAAUCAAAUGUAAUAUCUUUGCUUGGACUGUCAAAUGUGAAUGACUGUACAUAGUUAUUUUUUUUCUAAACAUUGCUCUAACAUCAAUUAGUCUUUUGUUUUAACUGUGAAAUAAUCAAACUUUUGAAUACUGUACACAAGUGCUGUGAAAGGAGAUUAAAGUCUAUUACCCUG